AUGGUUCACGCCGCUGAUAUCGGUAAGGCCUCCAAGGACUUUUUGAAGAAGGACUUCUUCAAGGGAAAUGAGUUCAAGGUGACUCAGGGCUGCUGCAAGGGUACCAAGCAGACCACCACCUUCAAGCUUGGUGAUGCCGUCAACGCCACUCACAAGAUCGAAGUUGGAUCCUGUACUUACACCAAGCUUCCAACGACGAUCAACCUCGGCUCUACCACCGAUGCUUCCACCGAGUGGACCAUCAAGUCUGGCGCCACCAAGACCAAGUUGACCCUCGGCACCAACUUAGCCUCUGCUUGCGAUAUCUCCAAGCUCUCCCUCAAGAAAUCCUUUGAGUUCAACAAGGAUAUCUCCGGCAUCCAGACCGCCUUGAAGUUGGAAACUUCCGCCAAGGGCACUGACUUUAUCCAGCCAAUCAACGUUGGCCUCGGCUUCGAAAAGAAGGGCUACCAGUUCGGUGUCACUGGAACUGUUCCCUCUAUCACCGCUCCCGCCUUCAACGACGCCAAGUUCGCCGUUGCCUUCGCUGGCUGCCCCCACUUCCAGGUCUCUGGAACCACCACCAAGGGUACUGACUGGGCCCUGAACGCUCUCAUCAAGCGAGACGGUCGAACUUACGCCGUUGAUUUCGACACCACUUCCAUGGCCGCCUCCAUCGCUACUGAGCUUCCCAACGGAAAGGUCAAGGUUGGCUGCGAUGGCGUUCUUUCGUCCUACCAGAAGUUCCCAGUCUCCGAGACCGUCGCCGCCCGAUUCGGUUCCUCUUUCAACCUCACCAACGGAAAGAUCACCAACAUCGGCAUCGGUGUUGACUUCUCCCUCUAA